AUGCAUUUAGGAUAUAUGUUUAGAAUGGUUGAAUAUAUGGAUGACCGGAUUGACCAGAUUCGGAGCCUACCUCUAGCUUCUAGUGGCAAAGCUAAGCAACAGAAAAAAAAUCCAAUUCAACAUGAUCCUAUUAUUAUUAUUGAUGAACCUGAUAAAUCAAGACAAGAUCAGGAGGAUAGUGAAAUAAAUUAUACUGCAGAUGUUAAAGAUAACAACGUGAAUAAUACAAGUAAAACUGCACUACUGUUAAAAAAAAUAAUGUCUAAAUUAAGAUUUUUAUAA